AUGUCUAGAUCAAAGGAACCGGAUACCGCGGAUUACAUUUCCAGAAUCGGUUCAGGAACUCCGACACAAUCUGCCUUGCCACAAGCUGCUGUAUCGCUGGACAAGACCGAUGAAAGUCUCAUCCGUGAAGGACUAGGCAAUUUGAAUCGCUGGUCGCAGUCUACAACAUCUAGCCAAAACUCACCGGAACAUAAUCGUCGACUCGAUUAUGCUAGAGUGCCUAGAUCACCUUCGCCGAACACUGGCCAUGGCGGACAUAGUAACGAUAGUGAUGGCUCGGGAUAUCGAAGCCGGAUAACUUCCGAAACGGGACUUGAAAUACAUGACGGAUUCCACAUACCGGAGACUUUGGAUACUUUUGAUGGAUCGCAUAUGGAUCACCCUUUUCAAACGUCAGUCACGUCAAAUUAUGGCGAUCCCCCAUCAAGUCACUCAGUCGACGUGGUAGGAGCGACAGUGCCACAGACUAAUUGGAUAUUUUCUGGAGCGACUGAAAUACCUCAUAACCUUUUCCAAGACCCCUGGGUCAAGGAACACGGUUCAGGGCCUGAUUCUGCCCAGGGAAAAGGUAGCGUUGUUCCUGCUCGCCCAAUUCCAGAGGCACAUAGUCCACGUGCAUCGGGGCCUGACGCACCAGCAGAGGUAGGACCGCGGUUGGUCUCUGAGGGAGAUAAGUCUCAGGAGAAGAGAAAGCGGGGACAGUCACAGAAAGCAAUGCUUUCCAAAGCGUUGCAGAAAGCGAACACUGCAGUUCUUCUUGACAAUGCGGCGAACUUCGAAGGGGCUAUGGAGGCUUACAAUGAUGCGUGUCAACUCCUACAUUUGGUAAUGCUUCGGAGCGACGGAGGAGAAGACGAAAAGCAAAAACUUCAAGAAAUACGAGAUACAUACAUGGUACGAGUCACUGAGCUACAACGUAUGGAUUUUUCCUUUCGAGAUUUGGAUAGUAAAGCGCUCCCUGAGCGCCCGCUAAGUCAAGAAUCAUAUGGUGACUUAUCUCAUCCAAUCAUUGAUGAGAACGAGGAGUUGGCCAGAGAGAAGCGUGCCUCUUUGCAGCGCAGUUCUAUGGUUCGACCAUUUGAUCUGGCAGAAGGGCUAGCGUCCAAUUGGGAUCACCCACCGCGCCAGUCAUUAUUGCCAUCGCCGCUAGGUGAUCGUACACCGGCUACAGCCCAAUCAUAUGAUUCGAUCAGUCGCCAUUAUCCUGGAUCAUCCCGGCGUAUAUCGAAAUUUGAGUACAUGGAUGCUUCUGAAUCCUCGGAAGUAACAACUUCGGGAGUGGAUAUCAGUCAUGCUGCUGGCCAGUCUGACCUGUCCUCCUUGGCCGGUCAUAAGAAGGAAGUCAAUGAAUCCACGUCUUGGCUCGACACCAUCGAUGAAUCUGGCGCAUCGUCCCCAGCUUCGAUGCGUUCAGAAGUGUCAUCAAUAUACUUGCGACAUAGGGGGAACUUUCAUCAUACUGUGGGUACUGAGGCCGAAUUUGAUGCUGCCCUGGAUGCUGCUGUGGAGGCUGCAUAUGAUGAAGGUCUGGAACCAGCAGUCGAUAUAGAUGAUAACCGUAGCAGCAAUGACAUUGUGGCCAAUGCUCGGAGAAAUAUCGAAAUGGCGAAGCAGAAGGUGAGAGAAGCUGAACGGGAGGCUCAGAUAGCAUUGACACGCGGACAAGAAACGCAGCGUCUGCAAGAACAACCCGCGUUUGACGGUGUCAAUGAUCUUAGGACUGGUUAUCUAGAUGAAGAAGCCGAAGAAGAGGAGCGCUUGCUAGAGGAAAUGACUAGAGGCUAUGUGAUGGAUGACUUCGAAUUUGGCAUUCAGUCCAAGUCCGCUCUUCCCCGCCAGUCAAGAUCGGGUAGCCUUUCUGGCAGAAUGCGGGAUGGCCCUACUACUUCCAAUACUAUGACGGCCCUAACUCCCUUGACAGAAGAUGCAAGUCUGCCCUUCAUUGAUAAUAAGGGCUUCGAACCUAGCGCUUCUCCCCCAAGUCAUGGCGCACUCUCAGUUUCUACAAAUUCGGGACAUGCCUCAACAUCAACGCCAACUGUGCGAGCACGGAGGCUAUCGGGUCAGUAUGCCACAGAAUUAAAAAUCGAAACAAGUACGGACCCAUUCAGCUUUCGGCCACCGCCCGUUCCAAAAGAUAGUACGGCUUCGGCCUCUACUAUCAUUCAUCAGCCAGGUCGGACAUCGGGACCUGCCUCUGCUCUACGAUCAGCCGCGCCCAUAAAAACUCGGAAUGUCUCAGUUGGAUCUUUCAACGAAGAUGCUCUAUGUAACACUAGCUCGGAAAAGAUUUCUUCUCGGGACAAUGACGGCCGUGAGCUCCCGAAACUUCCAUCCCCAACACGUCCCAUCGGUAAAGUACCUUCAGCACCAGACAAUUUGGGAAAGCUCAAUACAGGACUGGGAACUUUUCGUCUGAGAAAUAUAUCAGUUUCAGGGCCAGAACCGUUCGCUGAGUCCCCAAACAGUCCGUCAAGCAAUGCGUUUCCUGCCGUCGAUACCCACAAAUUACCAAUGACUGGUUCGAUACCUAUAAUCCCCACACCCACCACUGCCAUGAUGUCUGCGAAUGGCUUGCCAAGUGGCGGACUCAAUAUAUUCGAUAGCCAUAUACAUUCCCCGACAAGCCCUGGAUCCCCAAAUUUGUUGGCCACUGAUCCUCCUCUUCCAUUGGAGCCGUGCCCAGAGUCGUUUCUUUUACGUCCAUUUUGGCUCAUGCGCUGUAUCUAUCAGACAAUUUCUCACCCACGUGGUGGUUAUCUGUCCACGAAGUUGUUUAUUCCUCGAGACGUGUGGCGCGUGAAGAACGUGAAAAUCAAGGCAGUCGAAGAAAAGGUGUCGAACUGCGACUUGCUAACUGCAGCAUUACUCAAGCUGGCAAAGGUCGAUACUUACGAUGCCGAUGCCGUAUUGGAAGAAAUGCAAUCUUUGGAAAGUGUACUUGACCAGGUGCAAAUGUCGCUGUCCAAGAAGAUAGGGAGCGAGGUAGGAGUGCAGGGCGCCAUGCCACUCUUCAAGUCGGCUCAAGUUCUCGAAGACUCAGCAACCGUCGAUGCACCGCCCUCAAAACCAUCGAAUGUACCGAGCAAAUCAUAUUUGACCUCCUGGCGUAAAUUACGGUCGAAGAACUCCGGGGUCAGUGCGACGGCCUCGCUACCUGCAUCGAAGGACACCAAUAAGGACAAUGCGACAGUCAACACCAUUCCAAUGACGUCUCUGCCCACUUCACAGCCUUUGAGGCGUAGAGUAUCUCAAUUACAAUACAAUGGAUCUAAUAACUACAUGGGUGCCUUGGCACGGCUCUGCGAUGCAGCUCAGGUGUUGGAUCAAAUCGCUCAACAAGUCGAAGAUCCUGGCCUUAGGCAUUCUUCGCCUACAUUAGUCGGCCUAGAGUUAAGCACUCGCCAUGCUGCAGAGUUCUUCGGACUCUACGUUUGUCGGUUUGCCCUGAAUGAUAUUGGUAUGAUGCUUGAUAAAUUCAUAAAAAGAGGUAAACCUAGAGAUGUGAUUUACUUGUACAAGUACCUGCAAGAUCACAUAAUUUCUUGCCUUUCUAUCUAA